AUGCCAGGGCCGGACCCCGACUAUAUGCCAGGACCGGACCCCGACUAUAUGCCAGGACCGGACCCCGACUAUAUGCCAGGACCCGACCCGGACCCGACUAAUGCCAGGACCGACCCCGACUAUAUGCCAGACCGGACCCCGACUAUGCCAGGACCGGACCCCGACUAUAUCCAGACCGGACCCCCGACUAUAUGCCAGGACCGGACCCCGACUAUAUGCCAGACCGGACCCCGACUAUUCCAGGACCGGACCCCCCGACUAUUGCCAGGAAACCGGACCCCGACAAUAUGCCAGGACCGGACCCCGACUAUAUGCCAGGACCGGACCCCGACUAUAUGCCAGGACCGGACCCCGACUAUGUGCCAGGACCGGACCCCGACUAUGUGCCAGGACCGGACCCCGACUAUGUGCCAGGACCGGACCCCGACUAUGUGCCAGGACCGGACCCCGACUAUGUGCCAGGACCGGACCCCGACUAUGUGCCAGGACCGGACCCCGACUAUGUGCCAGGACCGGACCCCGACUAUGUGCCAGGACCGACCCGACUAUGUGCCAGGACCGACCCGACCCCCGACUAUGUUCCAGGACCCGGGACCGGACCCCGACUAUGUGCCAGGACCGGACCCCGACUAUGUGCCAGGACCGGACCCCGACUAUGUGCCAGGACCGGACCCCGACUAUGUGCCAGGACCGGACCCCGAGUAUGUGCCACGAGCCGACGAAGACCCCGAGUAUGUGCCACGACCCGACGACGACCCCGAGUAUGUGCCACGACCCGACGACGACCCCGAGUAUGUGCCACGACCCGACGACGACCCCGAGUAUGUGCCACGACCACGACCGAGACGACCCGACCGACCACGACCCGACGACGACCCCGAGUAUGUGCCACGACCCGACGAGGACCCCGAGUAUGUGCCACGACCCGACGAGGACCCCGAGUAUGUGCCACGACCCCCGAGUAUGUGCCACGACCCGACGAGGACCCCGAGUAUGUGCCACGACCCGACGAGGACCCCGAGUAUGUGCCACGACCCGACGAGACCCCGAGUAUGUGCCACGACCCGACGAGGACCCCGAGUAUGUGCCACGACCCGACGAAGACCCCGAGUAUGUGCCACGACCCGACGAAGACCCCGAGUAUGUGCCACGACCCGACGAAGACCCCGAGUAUAUGCCACCACCCGACGAAGACCCCGAGUAUAUGCCACUAGACGAAAGCCCACAUGUUACAUUUGGUAA